ACUUGUACUUCGUAGCAUCGCAACGAAUUUGGCGAAGAGUAAGAAACUGGAAAAUUAGAGUUUUUCAAAGAAACACGGCCUCAUUUAUUCCGCGCGCCGGUAUAAAGGUUCUGACUUGAACGGCGUUCAAUAAUAGUGUUAUUAGUAGAUACAAGUGCUCCCUGCUCAGUCUUCAUGUCUUUGAACUUGGUUGACGACACCUUCUAUAUACGUCGAUCUGUGCAAUUUUAGCAUACGCUGCGAGUAAUUAGUGAGCCUAAUUAAUGAAUAUUGGAACCUUUUUCCCGUCAUCAGUCAGCAUCGGAUGAUUCAAGUUCUUUCAGUACGCAGGUAGAGCCUCAAAAUUAACGCCAAAAUGAUGUGGCAUGAAGCACGCAAGCAAGAAAAGAAAAUUCGAGGAUUAAUGGUUGAUUACAAAAGGAGAGCGGAAAGGAGAAAAGACUACUAUGAAAAAAUCAAAGCAGAUCCAACCCAAUUUUUACAACUUCAUGCUCGUGCUUGUAAAAUUCAUUUGGAUCCAGCUGUUGCAAUGGCAGCAGACAGCCCUGCAACCAUGAUGCCAUGGCAAGGAAGUGAUGACAUCAUGAUCGACAGGUUUGAUGUCCGUGCCCACUUGGACUUCAUUCCAGAAGUGAAAUCGGAUAGCAAUGAACCUCUGUCAUCUGAGGAAAGGAUGUUAAAUUAUGAGCGUUAUCGUAUACUCGUUCAAAAUAAUUUUCUCGGAAUCAAUGAAGAUAAAUUCCUACACCAACUUUACAUGGAAGAGCAGUUUGGAAACUUGAAACCCAAUGAAACUUCUAUUGAGGGCAAGAAAAAAUCAAACCUCUCCGCUGCCAUCGGAUUUAAUUAUGAUGAUUCCGUUGAUGUGUCGAAGGAUAUGAACAAAUUAGACCCUGGUAAAAAGUCAGACAAGAGCUAUAUUGAACCCAAGAUUGUAGUCGACAAGGAUGGUAUUGUGAAUCGGAUUGAAGAACUGCCAGAAGAGGAAGAUGCAAAUCCAGAAAUCGGUGAAGACGAUGAUGACAGUGACAGUGAUAGCGAUGUGGACAUUGAUAUGACUCUAGAUGUAAACAAGGUGAAUACUCAACAAGCAAAUGAAUUGAAUUCUUGUGCGCACAUGUAUGGGAUGAACAGUAAUGACUUCUUCAGUUUCUUGACGAAAGAUGUAGAGGAAGCAGAAAAUUUAAAACUGGCCAGAGAACAAGAAGAAGAAAAAGCCUUGUACUCUGGGCGCAAAUCUCGAAGAGAAAGAAGAGCUUUUAGAGAAAAAAGACUGAUGGGUCGAAAAAUAAGUCCUCCCAGCUAUGCAAAAAGGAGCCCAACCCACGAUCUGUCACAGUUUUCACCGCUGCACUCAAAGUCUCGGUCACCCUCUCCACCAGCUGCUGAAAAAAUAACAUUCAUCACAAGUUUUGGUGGAGAGAAUCCAUCUACUUCUUCAACUGCUGAAUCGGUGACUCCCAAGCUUCAUUCUGCGAGUUUGAACAAGCAUGUUUCCUUGCGCACUGGUCACCGGUCACGAUCUAAAUCUCCCAAAGCAAAACACAGUUCUACCUCAGCACAUGAAACUAGAAGAGUUUUUAUGAGAAGCUCCAGGUCACUGUCAACCUCGCCUAAAAGGAGCCAUCAACGAUCCUCAGAGAAAUUCCAGCGCAAACGGUCUAGAAGCAAAUCUAGAUCUCGUUCUAGGUCUCCGAGAAGCUUUUCCAAAAAGCAUUACAAAGACCCUUCUCCAAACUUCAGGAAUCAAUCCUCAAGCAAAAAUCAGUCUCAUGGCUCAAAUUCAUCCUCACACAGAGUCUCCCAAAAGUACUAUGGACGGCAUAAGAAAGAUUCCGAUUCUUCCGAAUUAGAAGUAUCCUCUGAGGAUGAAAACAAUACUUCGGCAAAUAAAUCAACUUCACAUCAGUCAGUUUCGUUUGGUAAUUCGAGAGGAAGAUCCAAAGGUCAAUCAUCGUUGCGGGCUGAUUCGAGUAGUUCAAAAUUAACACCGCAAGAACGCCUCAAAAAGAAAAUGCAAGCACUAUUGAAUCGUCAAUUGAAAGCGGACAAACGGGCAGAAAAGGAGCGUGUGCAGAAACAGGCUAAAGAGCAGCUUGAGAGAGCUGUUGAAAUCAGAGAGAUCUCAAUUAAGCGGCGCAGGAGGGAACGAGCUCGUCGACACCAUGAGUAUUAUGAUAGUGAUGCAAAACACAGUGAUUCCUCCAGUUCUUCCUCCGGAUCAAGAUCUAGGUCGAGAUCAAAAUCCAAAUCGCCUGAGAAAUCUAAACACUCAAGGAGUCACAUCUCAGAAGAAGAAGAAGAAGAAGAAGAUGUGAAACGAGACCAUUACGAACGGGUUAGUGCUCGUGACACUGAGCCUUAUAGACCCAAUGAUAGGUACCCUCGAGAUCGAUACCAACCAGAUGACAAGUACCGAGAGCGAUAUGUAGAAAGAGACUACAGGCACAUAGAAAGAGACAGUCGAAAUGUAGGUAGAUUCGACAGGAGUCGGAAUUAUGGAGAUGGUCACAGCUAUGAUCAAGGAAGUCGAUACAACGCAGAGAGGAGUAACUACUACAAAGAACAACCUCCGUUCAAUCGGGAUGAUAGCCACAGUAGAAAUUCAGAUGAUGAACCUGUAUCUAGAAGAUCUUUGGUCAACUACUGAAUUUCAAGAAGAAAAAUUUAUGCUCACCGUACUAGGCACUGCAAUCAUAGACUUAUAUUUUCAAAUAAUUGAUUUGAUUUAUUUUGAAAAUCUAGUUCCUCUCCAUAAAUUUUUGUAUGUAUAUUAUUCUUUAAUUGCUUAGUAAAGUUUUAUCUAUUUCAAAAUGA